UCGUUAUCGUUAAUGCCGGCUGUGUAGCUUUGCCGCGUUUUGUGUCUGACAAAUUGUUUACAGCGUUAAAGAAUAGAAUUAGUUAAGUCAUUCUACAAAAUGGACGGUGUUGUCGAGGACAUGUGGACGCCGUACAAGCGGCUUUACAGCAUUUUUCAGCUGGCGCUAAGCAGUCCAAGCGAUGUGACCACAGAUCUGGAGCUAUGUCUCAAGAAAUAUAAACAGAACUUUACAAAUUUUCUGCGCAAUCCGCCCAAGAAUGAGAAAAGUCGGACUCAGCUGCGCAACGCCUUGAGCGAGGGUGUGAUGCUAACAGCGCUAUCACGUAAAGUGGAACUCUCACAGGAAUUGAUAGACGAGGCAUUUAUAGUCUCGGAUAUGUUCGAUCUGGAUGAAAUAUUUGCGCUGGAACUGCUAUGCACAGCACAGCGUCAACAGGUACAUCAUCCAGGACUACCACGUGGACUAGUAGCUGUAUUGCUUUACUAUGAUGGCCGCAAAGCUAUAACUUGCACUUUGCGAGAUAUGUUGCAAACAGUUAGCGGUGUUGCCUGGAGCACCGAGCUGCCCAGAGAGCUCACAUCGCUGAUCAACAACUAUGCACAGAAUUUGGUGAUAGACUCCAAUGUGCUGGGCAGACUGCUGGAGCUGUUAGUGGAAAUGGAUGCAGAUAAAGAGAUUGCUUUGCUAACCAAAAAUCGCGCCUUCGGUUCCAAAAAGCAUCAAAAUCAAGUUAUGGCCUUGUACGAGGAUACGCGUCGUGGUAUUGCCAUGUCUCUGUUCAAUUGGUCUGCGCAACGCGGUCUGCCCAAAGCUAUUGCUUUGCGUCUGCUUCAAGUGCUGGGACAAAUCAAGCCACUGGAGGCCACCGGUGACUUUGAUGAUGUCAGCAUUAUUAUGCUUAUGGCGCUGCUCUAUGCCUAUGAUACUUCAGUACUCUUGAUUGCCGACUGUGAGAGUCCACACAUUGGCCAAUUGCCCAUUCUCAGCGAUCCUGAUUUUGCCACACAGUUCUAUGAUGCGCUGCAGGCGCAGUCCUGGCAAUCGCCUCAACUGGCUGCCAUUGUCAAAUAUAGCUUUGGAUUAACCUUAGCCAGCCUGCGUCAGGCGCCCAGCGAGUAUCAGCGCAAUGCUGGAGCUACUAUUAAUCGUGAUGAGUUGCUGAUUGAUGAAGCGCUGACUGCCAACAUCUUUGGCAUAUUUUACAGGCAGAUCUUUCGCAAAGAUAUAGUUUACAGCACGGAGUUUAUUUAUCGGCGCUUGCAUCUGCUCAUCACCGACUUUAUAGAUUUUAUGCAUGCCAAAGUCUCGGAGCUUCGCGGCCGUGCGGAUGAAACAUCACGCACCAUUUUGAGCUUUCAAGGCGAAGGGCUGGAGCCGCCGGGCAAUUUGGAUGAGAACUUUGAGCUGCUUAUGCUCUGCGUGUCAAAGCUUUAUGGGGAUGCCAGAGUAACCAUCACUCUAUGCAACGAGUACUGGGGACCCACAGAUGCAGCCAAUAGUGUGGGCAAUAGCUCACGUGCCAUUUCCUUGUUCAAGUUUAUACGCCUGGCCAGUGAUCUGUUGCCCCAAACGCUCUUCAAGCCCUACCUCAAGAUGAUAGCGGGUCUGACACGCUCAGAUACAGCGGCUAGAUGCGCCUUCAAUCUGCUCAAGAGCACACAGCAAGUCUCCAAAACAUAUGCUGUUAGCUGGGAUCAUUUCUUCAAUGCGCUCAACAAUUAUUUCAACAACAUGCGCAACGACUUUGAUACCUCUCUAAGCAUGACAGGCGACACCCUCUAUCGCAGCCACGCCGUUUCACGCAACAUAACGCCGAGUGAGACGGAGCAUCUGGAAGCAGUAAUGGUUAUGAUUCAAGCUGUCGCCGAGCAUGAUGAGAUUUCACGCAUAAUCAUAUGCGAGCAUGCGCAGUGGCAAACACCGCAAGUGAUGCUGGGAUUGAUAGCCUGUGCCACGCCAGUGCUGCUCAAAGGCGAGAUGUUGUUUGCGCUAGCCGCACUCGGCAAAUCCAAAGAUACCGCGCGCAAUAUAUGGCAUCAUCUGGAGGAAUCGCAAAUAAUACCCACGCUGCCGCCGGCAGCUACAACAAGCACUCGUGCGGGCGGCGGCAUCUAUGGAGAGUUUAGUUUGGCGGAGGAAAUCGUACAGAAUGAGAGUCGCCUGGAGCGCUACAAGUUGAGUCGUGGCAUAUUACGACUGUUGCACACAUUGAUGACCACGCAUAUGCCCAGAUCUCUGGGCGCAGGCACACGCGAGCCUGGCUAUGAUCCCUAUCUGAAAUUUGUGCUGGAUUCCAUAAUGUUAAAGUUUUAUAAUCGCGCCUACAAGGAUCCAUCUGAGAAAUGGGAUGUGGGCGCAAGCUGUUUGAAGCUGCUGUAUUAUCUGCUCGCCAUCUACCGUCCCAAGACUGCAGACUUUCUGGAGCAGCGCGAUGAGCAGCCGCAUCCUGGCUAUCAUAUUAUGCUGCAUCUGCAGGUGAAAUCCGACAUGAUGCGUUUGAUACUGCGCAUCAUUGAGGAAGCACGUGAACGACUGGAUGACUAUAAUCAGUUCCAUGGCAAAGCUUUGUUAGAGGAGUGUGCUCUAUACGCUUUGCUGCUGCUCGAGGUGGCACUGGCCAAGCAGAAUGCGUUCUUUGAAGCGCACUCCUCGGGAAAUUGUUCCAUCAUGUUGACGGGACUCAAUCGCAUGUUGUUGGAUCUUAAUCCGCGCACUCACAGUCCCGACUAUGUCAUCAAUAUAACCAAGUUUGUUACAUACAACUCCUGGCUGCCACGUCAUGCGCUGGCCGCCAUUAAAAUACUCUCCGCUGUGACCAUGCUGCCCAAUGUUGUUACCCAGAUUCUUAAUAUGCAUGCCCAGGCUAGUCAUGAGAAGCUGGAGAUACGUCAGGGAUUUGUCGAGUGCUUGGAGCUGGAUGAACGUCGUGCACAGCAGCUGGAUGUGGAGUUUGACGAGGAUUUCGGUCAGGAUUCAUCGGACUCGGAGCUGCGUGUUGAUAUGAAGCUAUUGAGCGAUCGCAAGCCGGCACGCAUUGAGCUGCAAAUAAAGGAGGCCAUCGUUGAACUCUUCCAGCAGAAUCUUAGCCAACCGUUGCCCAAUUUCGUCUACUAUCUGAUGGGCAUUGAUGUGGUGCGUGAUUUCAUGUCCACUGUGCAGCAGCUGGGCAUUGAGAUGAACUGCAGCUGCAUUAAUUCGUUGGUGUUGCUGCUCGAGCGACAUCUUGAGCAACAGCGUUCCAAUGAUGAGUACUGCGAGCACACGGCACAUAUAGUGGAGCGCAUAUAUCAUCUAUUCCACGGACUGUGCCAGAAUCGUCGCACCUCGGAGACCAUUUUACGUUACUUCCGCCUCAGCUGCAAUGAUUUCCUCGUGCGUCAUCUGAGCGCCAUGCCCUUUAGGGAGCAUCAACAGGACAGUGUAUUGCAUGCCAUGAGCCAUGUACAGCAUUGCGUAGCCAUAGAGAUUGCGCUAGCGGCCAAGUAUGGCCAGACGACGCGUUAUCAUCUGCUAUGCGACGUUUUGUUGCUGGGCGGUGCCGCCGAGACGCAACGCGAUGGCUACACGGGCCCGCCAAAGGUGGAUGGCGACCUAUUGACGCCGCCGGCACGCAACUACUCGGUGUACAUGCAUGAGAAGUCACUGCUGGUGAAUCGUUUGCUGGACUGCCUGACGCUGGAGACGGAUACGCAUGUAUUGCCGCAGCUGGAGUUCUUCGAUGCGCAGCUGAUACGCCAGCUGCUGCAGGAUUGUGAGGGCAACGAUGCCGGCAGUGCGAGCAUGGUGAAUGUGCUGAAGCUGCACGAUAUACUGCAUGACGAGCUGCGUCAUGUGCAGAGUACCAUUGCCAGUGGGCAGCGCAAGCCCAUCACCGAUGAGAUCACAUUGCUGCUGCAAUAUGCCACGCAGUUGAACGCGGUGCGCAAGCAGCGCUAUGCUACCUAUAUAUUCAUGGAGUCCUGGUGUCAGCUGGUGCAGGUACUUUUCAGCGUCAUGCCCGAGACGGUGCUGCCCACAGCCAUGCGCAAGCAGCAUAUUAUAGACAUUACAGAGAAGUUGCUGCUCAAGGUGGAUCCCAUGCAGCCAUUGAUAAAAAUCUCUGUGCAAGUUAUGGAAACAGUGCUGCUGCUGCUGGCCAAUUUGCGUCAUUGCUACUACCAGCUGGAGGAUCAGCGUGGUCUGGACGAGCAUGAUCUGCCCACGCCGAAUGGUCUGGAAGCUAGCCAACAACAGCAUGCUGGUCAGCUGGGUCAGCUCAAUGGCAAUAGCUGCAAUAGCAGCAAUUUGCGUUUUCUUUUAAAGCGUCUCAUCGAUUGGAUUAUGACCAGCGAGGUCAAGUCACAGCGUCUUAGCAUCAAUCUCUAUGCAGCGCUGCUCAAUUGCUUGCGCAUUGUUAAACGCGUGCGCACCGCUGAGCAACUGGAGUACAACGAAACCUUAUCGAUGCGCUCGGAACGCUGCAGCGUUGCCUUUGGCACACUGCCCGCACCUGGGGAUGAUCUGCAUCAGCGCGAGAUGGCCGCCGAGAUGAUUGGCGCCAUAGGUGAGAAGCUCAUAGCAACGAUUGCUCAUGAUGCCAUCAAUGGACACGAUGUCUGCCGCAUGCUGGCGCUCUCCUGCAUGGAUUUGAUCUCGGAACUGCGUGCCAUAAGCACAUUCAGCGAGUAUAUAACCUCACAUGGCUACAUCAAGCAUAUGCUGAACAAUGUGUCUCGCUCCGAUGAUGCACUCUGCGAUAUACUCAAGCCAGCGCCGGAUAACUUGCGUGCUCUCUACAUGUACGAGUCCCAUAUGGCGUUCCUCACGCAGCUUUCGCAGACACGUCUGGGCGCCCGCUUGCUGCUCAACGAAAAUGUGCUGGGCGUGCUAUCCAAUAUGCAUGUGUACAAGAUGCAGCCGGAUCUGAAGGGUAGCGAGCUAAUGAUCUGUGAUUCGAACGACUUUCUGCCCGACAUUGAGGAGCGUUUCCGUUCCAUAUUGCUGCCAGCGCUGUCGCUUUGCGAUAGCAUGAUUGCCUCACUGGGCAGGGAGAACAACUCGGCCACGCUGCAGGUGCUCAAUUUUCUAUUCGCCCACAUUGAUAUGAUCGAGGGCAUGCUGCGUGCGGCCACGCCCUUUAUGGAUCUGGGUCAUCUUAAGCUGUUGGCCGCUAUUACAAAUUUACUUGCACGCGUUACCACACACGACGUGUUGGUCAUGGAGGAUGGUCUCAAUGGCAAUCAGGACCCCGAUAUGCGUAGUCGUCUCUGCCGUCUGCAACAGCUGAUGAUUGUGGUCUUUGGACGCUUCACCGUCAAUCAGGCUACUAUAAAGAAAAUGCUCAGCCAAGAGCCGCAGCAGCAGCAUAUCCAGACUGAGAAGCUUACCGAGAAGCAACAGGCGCAGCAUGUCAAGUAUUUCCUAAAGAUUGCCGCAAGUCUAUCACUCUAUUGUCGCAAUGCAGUCACCAGUCAUGUGCGCGAUGGCAUGACCUCAAAGUAUUUGCUCACCAGCAUGAUUAGCGAUGUGACACCACUCACGGGCAAAACGACUAGCAAGAAACUAACUGUCAUCAUGCAGACUAUAUUGAAUCAGCUAAAGGGCUCCAUUGCAUUUUAUUUGUCGCAAAAGUCCAUUGCCGACAAUCUGUUGCAACAGCGCGCCUCAUUGCCCAACAUAACCUUUGGUCCCAGCGGCAAACAAAACUUUCUGGACCUCAGCCAGCGUCAUAACGAGAAGCGUGAGGAGCUUAUGCAGGCUGUCUUUAUAGCCGAACAGAAUUUGUAUCUACUUUGGAUACACCUGGACUUUUAUUUCCGCUCUGCCGUGAUUUACUCACAGGAGAAUCGCAAUGGUAUCAACGAGAGUCUGAUAGAUCCCGCCAAUAUGUCUGUGCUGAAUGCCUCGCAGGAUGAGAUUACUGCACUGAAACAAUUGCUCAUCUCCACCUUCAAUGAAACAUUCUGCUCUCAGCUCACUGCCGCCAGCGAGGAGUCCGCUAUCAAGUGUAAAAACUUUAAUGCAGCUUUAUUACGUCGCAUUAAGGCACUUGUGCAGUUUGCACCUCAGGCUUAAUACUUAUGUUAAAUUUUUUUUAUUAUACUAAAUUCGUCAACGUUCAUUGAUGUAGCUGUCACCAUAAUAUAUAAAUAUGAAAUGUUUACUCUUAAAUAUCUACAUGCAUAU